AUGAGCCAACGUAUCAGUGCCGGUGCUCGUAUCAUCAGGUCCAUCGUCAAGAACGAUGCUGUCAAGACAGAUCCCCCAGAGAUCUACGGAUGGCGUGCCUUCGCCAUGGCUGGCUCCGCCUGUUUCGGAGGCAUGCUUUUCGGUUUCGAUAUCGGUACCAUCGGAGGUGUUCUCGAGUUGAAGGAGUUUCAGGAGAAGUACGAUCUCGCGCAAAAGACUAAGCAACAACGAGCCGACCUCAACGCCAACAUCGCCUCGACCCUACAAGCUGGUUGUUUCCUUGGAUGUUUCCUUGGUUCUUGGAUGGCCGACAAGUACGGCCGCAAGUUGACUCUUCAGGUUGCCGGUCUUAUCACCAUCGUUGGUUGUGUUAUUCAGGCCGCUGCCUCGGGUAGCAUUGGAGCUAUGUACGUCGGUCGUCUCGUCGCUGGUGUCGGUGUUGGUGAGGCCUCCAUGGUCGUUCCUCUCUACAUCUCCGAAAAUGCUCCCCGUGCCAUUCGUGGUGGUCUCACUGGUCUAUAUCAACUGUUCAUUGCCACUGGAACGUGCCUGGCUUUCUGGGUCAACUACGGUUCGCUCAUGCACAUGUCCGGCAGCCAGUCAGUCUACAUUGUCCCCCUUGCUCUUCAGGCUCUUCCAGCUGUUCUUCUCUGCAGCUGCAUGGCACUGAACAAGGAGUCUCCUCGUUUCCUCGCCAAGCAGGACCGCUGGGAGGAGGCCACUGCUGUCCUCGCUCGUGUGCGCAACCUGCCCGCAUCCCACGAGUAUGUCGCCGCUGAGUUGAAGGACAUUGCCGACCAGCUCGAGCACGAGCGCAUGCUCAUUGCCGGUGCUUCCGUCAAGGAUCUUCUCAAGGAGAUGUUCACCAUCCCUGGCAACCGCAAGCGCGCUCUUCUCUCCAUCGGACUCAUGAUCUGCCAGCAGAUGACCGGAACUAACGCCAUCAACUACUACGCACCCCAAAUCUUUACAGCGCUCGGUCUGAAGGGCAAUGAUGUCAAGCUUUUCGCCACCGGUAUCUACGGUAUCGUGAAGAUGAUUGCUUGUCUCGCCUUCCUGAUCUUCGCUGCGGACUCCCUUGGUCGCCGCCGUUCGCUUCUCUGGACCUCUAUUGCCCAGGCUCUUGCCAUGUUCUACAUCGGUUUCUAUAUGCGCUUUGAUCCUCCCAAGGGCACCGGCAAUGUCCCUCCUGCUGGUUACUUUGCUCUCGUCUGCGUCUUCCUCUUCGCCGGUUUCUUCCAGUUCGGCUGGGGUCCCGUCUGCUGGAUCUACGUCUCUGAGAUCCCUGCUGCGCGUCUUCGAUCGCUCAACGUUGCUAUUGCUGCUGCCACCCAGUGGCUCUUUAACUUCGUUGUCGCUCGUGCUACGCCCAACAUGAUGACCACAGUUGGAUUCAACGGUUAUGGUACCUUCCUCAUCUACGGAACCUUCUGUUUCCUCAUGUUCAUAUUCGUGUGGUUCCUCGUUCCCGAGACCAAGGGUCUCUCCCUCGAGAAGAUGGAUGACCUCUUCGGUAUCACCGAGCUCAUCAAGAACAUCGAGGCUGACCGUGAGGCCCGCGCCUCCAUUGGCGAAGUCGGUCUCGAUGGUAAGGAUGUGGUUCGUGAGGAGCGUAAGGAGGUCGCACCCAACUCGCACUAG